GUUGUUUUCCGCCCUGUUGUUCUGUCCAAGCGCGCACGCCGCGCAGUGAUGCAGAGCCAUGUGCGCCAAUGUGUUCCGCCACACUUUGGAGGAGCGCAGCGGUUGUUUUUGUUCCUCGUCUGCUCUAGAUUCUGCACACUGAGAAGUGUGUUUCAGAUUUCAGAAGAUGUACCUUCAGUGAGGCGGUCUGUUGAGUCUUUAAUUUAAAGACUGAGUCAUCGCAUAAAUUCUGACUGUGGUUUAACGGACAUAGAUUGAGAGCCAGAGAGAGCAAAACCAGCUGAAACUGGACAGAAGAGGAAACAAGAGGCUGAAAGGAGUGAGAGAGUGAGGGAGAGGAUGAAGAGAGGAAGCAUCUUGUCCAGCAGAAGUCUAGAGAUGAGUGAAAAAACUCCACAUUCAGCGGCCGCUCCUGAUGGCGGAUGGGGCUGGAUGAUCGUAGCCGGAUGUUUCCUCACCACUGUUUGCACACGUGCAGUCACUAGGUGUGUUUCCAUCUUUUUUGUGGAAUUCCAGUCAUACUUUUCCAGAGAUUAUUCUGCAACUGCAUGGAUACACUCUCUGCUGGACUGCACCACAAUGUUGUGUGCUCCACUGAGUAGUUAUAUAGGGAACCGCCUCUCUUCUCGUAUAGCUAUCAUGUUUGGUGGGCUUCUUUCCGCUGCCGGCCUGCUGCUCAGCUCACUGGCCACCAGUGUGGAGUUCCUGUAUCUCACACUGGGUGUUCUUACAGGUGUGGGAUUUGCUCUCAGCUACACUCCUGCAAUUGCCAUGGUGGGUUCUUACUUCAGCGAGAGAAAAGCGCUGGCUUACGGGAUCGCCAUGUCAGGCAGCGGCAUCGGAACCUUCAUACUAGCACCCGCUGUCCAACUCCUCAUUGAGCUCUUCUCCUGGAGGGGUGCGCUGCUCAUUCUGGGGGGUUUGGUGUCCCACAUGUGUGUCUGUGGAGCACUUAUGAGGCCUUUGGAAGGUCAAAGCGGGAGACAGAAAGAGAUGGACUUGGAGGGUGGCAAAAAGGUUGAUUUCCUAAAUGUGAAACUUGCUGAUGCAGGGCACAAUAUGGAAGUGAGUGCACAGGAACAGAGAUCGGUGGAGGUAAAACAUACGAAUAUGGAAAAGAGUGGGGAAAAUGAACAUGCUGAGAAUAUGCAGAGCGAUGGAAAAGAACGGAUGGAGUCAAAGCCUUCUGAUGCAAAGCAAACACACUCCAAUGUGGAAAUAAACCUUAGACAGGAAGACUCAGAGGACUCAGAGACUAUGACCAGAAGCACAGAUGAAUGGGACAAAGAAUCAAAGCCAAAGUGCUCAGAUACAGACAUCUCAGUCCCAGCUUUAGUACAAUCAGGUGACUUGCCUUUGGACUGUUUGCCAACCAACCAGGAGGACACAACUUUCCCAGAAUCAAACACUAACCACAAUACUUUGGCACAGUCAAAAGUGGCAAACACAAAAUUACUGAAGCAGUCCAGGGACAAUGUAUGGUCUAUCAUAAGGAAAACAGUAUUGAGAGAAUAUUCCUUCCUGUUGAUACCAGACUUCUUAUUGAUGUUGGUGUCCUUCCUGUUCCUUGCAUAUGGUUGCAGUGUGCCAUUUGUGUAUCUUGUGCCAUAUUCCCUGAGUGCAGGUGUCAGCCCUCAGCAGGCAGCAUUACUCAUGUCCAUACUUGGAGUGUCAGGGAUUGUCGGUACUAUCACUUUUGGAUGGAUUGCAGAUAGAAAGUGUUUGAGGCCAUAUAGGGUGGUGAGUUACAUGCUGGCUGUGGGGUCAGAAGGGCUGAGUUGUCUCUUUCUGCCUCUGCUGAAUGGUUUUUCCCUGCUCGUCCCCUUUUCUCUCAUCUACGGCUGCUUUGAUGGAGCUUACGUGGCACUUAUUCCUGUGGUGACCUCUGACACUGUCAGCUCCACCCACCUGACCUCAGCUCUGGGAGUUGUUUACUUUCUUCACGCCAUCCCCUACCUCAUCAGCCCACCUAUUGGAGGUUGGCUAGUGGAUCAGACAGGUUCCUACACAGCUACAUUCGUCCUCAGUGGAGUCGCUCUGAUCUGCAGUGCUGUGAUUCUGGCUGCUGUGAGAGUUACCAUCCGUUGCACUAGAGGGAGCUCUUGCUUAAACUGACUCACAACCAGAAUAUGGCUUUGAUGACUGGAAGAACAUAUAUGUCUUACAGAUAAAAUUAUUAUUGAAGGAGAUUUUAAUGCUGUUCCAGAUGAAAGGCAGGAUAGAUAUCCUACUUCUUUCAACACAUUUAAUCUGUUUUGUUAAUGAUUAAGGAUGUCAAAAUAUAGAAUUAACUGCAGAGAAGGGGUCAUAUUGAACAUUAAAAGAUUGGCAAUAAAAGAAGGGAAACUUUUUUGCAAAUACUAGAAAAUCAAGGCAGUUAACAAUCUUAUCAAGAUGACAAUACCUUGGUAACAAAGAUAUUUUGAGUGAUAUAGAGCAGAAAGAAUUUCAUGUAUAGUCAAAGUUGAACAGAUUUUAUACAGAAAAUGCUAAAGGAGCAUUCUUAAGAUCUAGAGGCAAAUGGAUUAAUAAUAAUAAUAAUAAUAAUAGUAAUAAUAAUGUUUAGCGCCUUUCUACAAACCCAAGGAUGCUUUACAAUAAUUCCACAUUCAAUACAAUAAAUCCACAUUCACAUGACAGCAAAAUAAAGACAUACAUAAGAGAAAAAACACAGAUCAGGAGACAGGUAAAUUAGAAUAGCACAAAGUGAAAAGAUAUGUUUUCAGGUGGGCUUUGAAAUCCCGUAAUGAAGCGAAUAUGCUGGGGAAGAGAGUUCUAGAGUGUGGGGGCAGCGAUACAGAAGGUCAUACCGCCAAAUGAUACUAGUUUAUGCCGGGGAACUUGUAACAGGCCAGAUUCAGAGGACCUAAGUGCACUGGAAGGGGUGUAGGUGUGUAUGAGAUCUGAUUGAGGGGUGAGACCAUGGAGAGCUUUGAAUGUAAUGAGGAGUAUUUUGUAUUGAAUACAGAAACGAACAGGUAGCCAAUGUAGUCUGGAUAAAACAGGAGUAAUGUGAGAAGAUUUCUUGGUAUGUGUGAGGACCCUAGCUGCUCGGAAUAUACUGAAGCUUAUUUAAAGUUUAAGAGGGGAAACCUUGUUAUUUCUUUCAUUUAGAAAAACACAAACAAGCUUUAAAAACUAUUAAUAAACUUGGCAAUAAUAACCACAUAAGUGAAGACACUGAUUGAAAACACUCAUUGAUGAUUAUUUAUUCCUUCUGAUUUAUAAAUCAAGAUUUAAUAAGAGAGAUGGUGAUGUUUUCCUUUCUUAAAAUAUAAAGUUCCUAUUAUAGACAGUGAUUUUAGAAAAAUGAUGGAAGCUGAUACUGAUAAUUUAGAAUUAGAUAUUGCUAUUACUCAAAUGUCCAAAGGAACGUCCCCAGGUAUCAAUGGGAUUACAGUAGAAACGUUUUUGGCCCGAAAUACGAAUCCUAGUUUUUGACUAAAAGAGUAAAGCUAAUUUAUCACCAUCUAUGGAAGCACGGUUUAAUUAUUCUAGUUCCAAAGUCGAACAAGGACUAAUUAUUUUAGACAAGCUGGAGACAACUGUUUGCAAAUAGACUUAAAAAAAGGCGUAGUUUGGCCUAUAGUGCAACACAAUCGGCUUUUAUUAAAGGGAGAAGUAUUCAUAUUAGAUUAGUCCUUGAUUAUAACCUAACUAUCUAAUUCCUCAGACAAGUUUACUUUUCCACAAAAGCCACACGGAUCCACUUCAAAAUGAAAUAUUUUCUGUAUAAAACCACUAUUAACAGAGUAUAUUAUUAUAUUUAUUGUAGAUGUGCUUUACGUUGUUGGUUGUCAUCUGUCUUGUAGUGUAUCAUUUGUAAUCAUUCAAGCAGUCAAUCAAUCAAUAAACAA